AUGCCCUAUGCUGCCUCUAACAUCUUUAAAGGCGGCAUAGAGAGCGGAAAAUCGAUUAUUAUGAAGAAUCAAGAAUACUUGGACUUCUUAAUGGAAUAUACCCUUGGUGAUCCGGACACUCCUCCUGACCCCAAAGUUGGAGAUACUAUAACCUCGUUGUGGAGGGAUGGAAGUAUCAAAAAGCUUACGGAGCAUCGAAAAAAGGUCUACCUCCCUGACUCAACGCCUUAUUUGUUUAAUGAAGCCAAACGGAUUGCUUGUGCUGACUUCGAGCCAACCGAGGCUGACUGGAUCAGAGUAGGAAUUGACAUCCCGAUGGCGGGCUUCUAUAUUGAUAAAUUAGAAUAUCGCAUGGCUAAUGUUUGUGGAGGACGAUGUGAAAGAAAGAAGUGGGCCGGCUCUAUCGAAGAUGCAGAUUUAGUUAUAUUUUGUGCUGCAUUGAGCGAAUACGAUCAAGUCUUGCUGGAAGAUCGCAACCAAAACCGGCUCAAGGAGAGCUUGUCAUUGUUUGAGGCAGUCGUUAAUUCAGACCAUUUUGCGAAGACUAGUAUUCUUCCGUUUCUGACCAAAUUCGACUUGUUGGGACAGAAGCUAGUUAAAAUCUCCUCUUGA